GUGCUUUAGCUAGUGAGGGAAUCUUGUCCUCUUCCAUCCAAUAUAAAACUGAAACUUCUUGGAAUUUUGCAUGUCUGGCUCUGUGGCUAUUGUUGAUAGCAUUGGAAAAACACUUUCUUUGUCAGAUAGGACAAAGUCUCUCGACGCUGUGUUAAUUAAUGAAAAUAACCGCUCUAGUAAAUGGACAAAUAGAGAAGUCAAUCAUACUUCUGAAAGCACCAGCUUUAGAAUUAGGGAUCUCUUCUUACCAAAUGGGGACUCGUAUUCUGGAUCUCUGCUGGGAAACAUACCUGAGGGUUCAGGAAAGUAUGUCUGGUCUGAUGGUAGUCGGUAUGAGGGUGAGUGGAGACAUGGAAUGAGGCACGGGCAUGGGAAACUAGAGUGGCCUACUGGUGCUGUAUAUGAUGGUGAAUUUUCAGGUGGCUAUAUGCAUGGUGACGGAAUGCAUAUUGCUCCUGAUAAAGUGACUUAUAGGGGACGCUGGCGGUUCAAUCUCAAACAUGGUUUAGGGUAUCAAUUGUAUCCCAAUGGAGAUUUUUUCAAAGGGUCAUGGAUUAGAGGAACCCCUGAAGGACGUGGUAAGUAUAAAUGGGCGAAUGGGAAUGUCUACGUGGGUAAUAUGAAGGGAGGGACAUUAUCUGGAAAAGGAUCUCUCACUUGGAUCAAUGGAGAUUCAUAUGAAGGAAGAUGGUUAAAUGGUAUGAUGCACGGUCUUGGUGCAUAUACUUGGAGAGAUGGUGGCUGUUAUAUUGGAACAUGGACACAUGGACUAAAAGAUGGAGAGGGAACAUUUUAUCCUAGCGGUAGCAGACUUACGGCUGGUCAGGAAUUUUACCUCAAUGCUUUGAGAAAACAAGGAUUAUUGCCAGAUUUGAGAAAACAAAAACGAGUCUCGCAUAUUUAUCAUUCCUCUUCAGUAGAUACAGAAAAUGUCAAAGUAAGUGGAAACAAAGGAUCCUCAAGACAUUCAUAUGAUAGGCUUUCAAAGGGGAACAUAUCAAAUCUUGAACAGUCACACCCCACUAAUGUUACUCUGGAAAGACGAUGGAGUCUUGAAGUAGCUAUUGAGAAGGUAAUUGGAAAUGAUAUAGAUGGUGUUGAUACUGGGAACGAUAUGAAUACUCCAAUUUUAGAAAGAGAAUACAUGCAAGGUGUACUAAUCAGUGAGGUUGUCCUAAAUGAUCGAUUCUCACCAGCUAGAAGAGCAGCAAAAAGGAGACAAAGGACACUUGCGAGGGAAUCAAAGAGGCCAGGUGAAGCAAUUAUUAAGGGUCAUAGGCAUUACAAUGUAAUGCUUAGUUUGCAGCUUGGUAUCAGAUACAGUGUGGGGAAAAUUACACCGGGACAAAGGCGAGAAGUGGGAGCUUCUGAUUUUUGUGCCUGUGAGUGCUCUCGGAUGUAUUUUCCGAAAAAAGGAUCUCAACUGACACCUUCUCAUCAAUCAGAAGAUUUCAAAUGGAAAGAUUAUUGUCCAGUGGUUUUCAGGAAUCUGAGGGAAUUGUUCAAGAUUGAUACUGCUGACUACAUGAUGUCCAUCUGUGGAAAUGAUGCACUUAGAGAACUUUCUUCUCCUGGGAAAAGUGGCAGUGUGUUUUUCCUGUCUCAAGAUGGUCGUUUCAUGAUUAAGACAUUACGGAAGUCAGAAGUUAAGGUUCUGCUGCGAAUGCUUCCAAAUUAUCAUCGUCAUGUCAAGGCAUAUGAGAAUACUCUCAUCACUAAAUUCUUUGGUCUUCACAUGAUAAAGCCCUCAAGAGGACAAAUGUUACGCUUUGUAGUAAUGGGAAAUAUGUUCUGCACAGAGUUAAGAAUCCACCGAAGAUUUGAUCUUAAAGGUUCCUCACUUGGACGAUCUGCAAAUAAGGUUGAAAUUGACGAAAACACAAUUCUCAAGGAUCUAGAUUUGAACUACUGCUUUUAUCUAGAGCCUUCUUGGCGGGAAGCUUUACUAAAGCAGAUUGAGAUUGACAGCAAAUUUUUGGAGCAGCAGCACAUAAUGGAUUACAGCCUCUUGUUAGGUGUUCAUUAUAGAGCACCCCAGCAUCUACGAUCUCCCAUCUCGUGCAGUGGAUGUACAGCAACAGAAGGAUUGGGAAUUGUUGCAGAUGAUGAGUCUCCGGAGGAUGAAAUAUCACCCCAAGGCCUUGUUUUAGUCCCUCGUGGUGCAGAUGAUAAUUGUCUAGUAGUGGGUUCUCAUGUCAGAGGCAGACGAUUGCGAGCAUCAUCUGCCACUGGUGACAAGGAAGUGGAUCUCCUCCUCCCUGGGACAGCAAGGCUCCAGAUUCAGCUUGGAGUGAAUAUGCCAGCAAGGGCAGAUCAUAUACCCGGGAAAGGAUUUUAUUGCAUCUUUCUCGGUGGAGCUAGAGAGACUAAGUUUUUCAUUGAUCGAGGGAGAAAGAGAAUGGGAUCAUCAACGGCCACGCAGAGCAGCAGCAGCUAUGAUCUGUCGUUUAAGAUCUUAUUGAUCGGUGACUCAGGAGUGGGGAAGAGCAGCUUGCUCCUCAGUUUCAUUUCUAAUGCUGUUGACGAUAUUACCCCUACCAUUGGUGUCGAUUUUAAAAUCAAGACGCUCACUGUUGGUGGGAAAAGAUUGAAGCUUACCAUUUGGGACACAGCUGGACAGGAGAAGUUCAGGACAUUGACAAGCUCCUACUUCAGAGGUGCUCAGGGGAUCAUUCUUGUUUAUGAUGUGACAAAGAGAGACACAUUCACUAACCUGUAUGAUGUGUGGGCAAAAGAAGUGGAGCUUUAUUGUACUAAUGAGGAUUGUGUUAAGAUGUUGGUCGGAAACAAAGUUGACAGAGAAUCUGAGAGAGCUGUUAGCAGGGAGGAAGGUGUUGCUCUAGCAAAAGAGCUUGGAAGUUUAUUUCUCGAAUGUAGUGCUAAAACUCGCGCAAAUGUAGAACAAUGCUUUGAAGAGCUCACAUUAAAGAUAAUGGAGGUGCCUAGUCUUCUGGAAGAAGGAUCUACUUCAGGGAAGAAAAAUAUAUUAAUACAGAAACAACAACAACAAACAACACAGUCACAGAGUAGUUGUUGCUCAUGA